UCAAAACAGUUGAAGAUUUGAUCUGAGUGGGGAACACGUAAUGAUCUGGGCGCGGGAGACAAGACGUUAGCGUAAUGAAUACAACACUACCUUGAACUUUCCUUAACACGGACCCGGUUGUUGGACGAGGCACUGCUUGUCGAGUCUAGUGAGGCAAGAUGAGCCGCAGUAAUUCCUCAGGCCCGUCUCUGAAGAAGAAAUUUGUCGGGUUAAUACGGCAAAUUUCUCAGUCAGGCAGUGGCAGUGGUACGGGAGAGGCCCAGAGUACCAUACCUCGCCCUGACACCUUUAUUCACAAGUACCUGCAGGGGGAGUGCCGAGGGGUACAGCCCACCAUUGUGUAUGGCCGCAGCUGUGAGGAGCUACCGUCGCGGCCUCUGCGUACCCCGCGCCCCCAAGUGCUAGCCGCCUACACGGGACCUGCCGGAGGCCUCACUUCCGUCAACAGAGGUGGUCAUCCUCCUCUCCAGCGGGAUGAGGCCGACCUAGACUUCAUCGAUGCUGAUGACGCGACUUCCGACGCCCAACCCAACGCCUAUGUCACCUCUCAGAAGCCGCCGCCACGUAAGACGCCGUAUUACGACCUGGCAUCGUAUUUUCGCAAGCGGGAGCCUGAGGCCAAGGGGCAGGGCGGGGAGGGCGGGGUGCGGAGCGGGAGUAGUGACGACUCCCUGGACCGCGAGGCGCCGUCUUGGAGGGGCGAGGCGCCCUCCCCUCUCUCUCCUAAUCCUGGCCGAGCCCCGCCCUCCGCUUUCCUCCAGUUUGGUGACGGGCCCCUCAACUAUGGCCUCAGGUUACCCAGGGGCGAGGAUGGCUGCUGCCUGAACGGUGUCGGGGCUGGUAGUGGUGGUCAUGGUAGUGAUGCUGUUAGUGGGGAAGCUAGCGAUAUUGGUGGUGGUGGUGCUUACAGUAACACUGGUAGGUGCUGGCAGGGUGACGCUGGUGGGACCGACAUGGUGGAGGCGGUGCUGGUGAGCUGUCGGGACGAAGGCGGCGGCCAGGUGGUGAAUCAACUGGUGGAGCCGCAACUGGAUCAGAACCUCAACCCGCUCAUCACCCUUCACACGGCGGUGCUCGACAACCAAACCAUCGACAACCACACCGAUCACUCCCUCCAUGACACCCACACCGACCAUCAACUAGAUGACAACCACACAGAUCAACGACCCGACGACAACCAAACUGUUGCCAUCUGUGAGAACGGCAACUACACGGGCGAAGAGAGGAACCCCGUUGAUGGGAAUGACGUGGGUGAAGAUGACGCGAUACUGGCAGGAGACACUGAGGGUAACCUCGACAGUCAGCGAGCGAGGUUCCUCACCCUUGACCUGGUGGAGGCUGGGCUGUUAGCAGUCCCAGAUCCUGACCUGAAGAGGAGUGAGAAGGAGGAGAUAGCUGGGCUGCUGAACUGGAAUCGUCCUCACCACAGAGCAUAUGGCCUCUCAACCACCUUGUAUGAGAAACACCCACUCACCAGUGAACGAGCAGGCAAUCCCAUUGCCGAUGCAUUUGGAGUGGUGGCUCGGGAAGAUAGUGCUGUUCUGGCUCUAGCUGAUGGUGUCAACUGGGGGGAGAAGGCCAGCAUAGCAGCAAGAUGUGCUAUCCAUGGUUGCCUUCACUACCUCAACACCGCUCUCUACUCCCCUGCAGCAGCUCCACCAGAAACCACCACGGAUGUUUUUGUGGCAUUGCUGAGGUCCUUCCAUUCAGCACACAGUCUUAUCCUUCAGGAGGAUGGUAUGCUCACCACCCUUACAGCUGCAGUGAUCAUGCCUUUGGCGAAUAGAGAGCAGUAUGUGGUGUGUGUGUGCAAUGUAGGGGACUCCUUGGCCUAUGUAUUCUCUCAUAAGCAUGGUGUUCGGGAAAUCACACAGGGCUCACAUGAUAUCUACAGCAUGAGGGAUAUGCGGGAUGCCCUUGGAGCCUUGGGCCCUGUGGAUGGCACAAACCCAGAACUUAACAACUUGACCUGUUCUCUAACUUACUGUGAGGCAGGAGAUAUUGUCUUCCUUACCAGUGAUGGCAUCUCUGACAACUUUGAUCCUGUGGUGGGUAAGUUUGCCAUUCCUCGGAAGGAAACUCCACCAGCCCCUAAAGAUGCUCAGGGUAAUGGGAAAGAGCAACAGAAUGGGGUAGAAAAUAUGCGUGGUGGUGAUGCAAGCAAAGAAGACCAAGGCAAACAUCAGCCUCAGUCCUCAGCAAGUAGACAGACACAACAAACAGGAGGGAGGCAACAGCAGCAUCAUCAUAAGCAUGGUUCUGGAAGGCAGCAUGGAUCGGCUAGUCGACAACAUCACUCUCAACACUCCUCAGGCAGACAGCAGCAACAGCAACAGCGAAGUGCUCGGGUGAGGAGAACCCCUUCAGCAAGCAAGGACCAACCAAACAGUGGUCAGCCUCGCACAGCAAAGCAGGCUGUUACUAAUGUAAAAUCUGUUGGAGCUGGAUUACCAGAAAAUGAAGAGGAGGAGGUAAAAGACCCUUUCCUGCCCUUGGUAGAGGCUCAUCAACGACAUGAACUCACAUUACUUCGAAUGGAGGAUCUCUUGAGAUGUGGUCUCACCAGCCCAGGUCCUGUCACCACUGCUCAAGGUCUGUGCUUGGAAAUGGUUCAUUUUGCUACCAAGCUAACAGUAGCUAAGCGAAGAAUUCUUGAGGACCCAGAUCUGUAUUCUUCUACCUCCAAAGAACUAUCUCGCUCCCAACAACGUAAUCGCCGUAGGAAGGUGUGUGAGAAGUUAGCUUUGGUUCCUGGCAAGCUGGACCAUGCCACUGUUGUAGCUUAUACAGUGGGGCUGUACCAAGACCCUGAUGCUCCAGACCCUGAGGAGUAUCCUUUGGUGCGCCCCCAUAUGUUUCGUCCAGCUCCUCUUGCCUCUCCAGAUUCCACUCGCAGUUUGGUUUCACAGUUGGAGGAGGCACGACCAGCUGACCUCCCUACGGUGAGUGCAGGAGGGGCAGCACAUGCAGCAGGGCCUGAGAGUAAGGCAUCUCCCUUCUCCCAAGAUAAAGAGAAUCUCAGCCCCAACACAGCUCCAGUACCCUGCCGCCCUACCCUCAUUGAAACCAUCGUGUAAUCCUCAAACCGACAGGACUAUCAUUGCCCUCACACUAAGCCUUAUCAUGGCCAUACUGACAAAACUCCCUUAAGCCCGGUGGCUUUGAAGACUCCAAAGAGAGAGAGAGAGAGAAAAAAAAAAAAGUGGCCAUAUAAAGUGUCUGAUGGUGAGGUUGUAAAAGUUGUUACCAGUUGCAACAUUCCAGUUUGGAGAUCACUUGCUCCUCCCCCUUAUUUCUUCUUUCCCUAUGGAGAAUAGAGAGAAGCCUUCUCUAUGUUUCAGCUCACUUCACAGCUCAAUUUUCACUGCUCAGGAACACACCUUGAUAUUGAUUUUUUUUUUUUUUUUUUUUUUUUUUUUUCCUCAAAGAAAGAACAUUAUUACAUUUCAAGAGUAAAACUUUCUUGUGACCAAGACUUUGCUAAUCAUUCACUGUAUUAUCAUCAUUUUCUACCACAUAGUUACAAACAUGUACUUGCAUUCAAGUCAACAUGAAAGGCUGAUUACCAUAUAUCUGAAAUCUUUCUCCUCAGAGGUAACCAUAAUCACUUGUUAAUUUCACUAAAUAAUAAAUCUUUGCAGCUGAAUUAUUAAACAUCUAUGAUUUUAGUAGUUAUAGAAUUUUAUAAAAUGUUAUUUACACAAAUGAAACUUAUAUCAGCAUAAUAAAAUAAAAAAUAAAUACAAUAAGGAACAGCAUUCAUAAUAGCUUGAGGGUACAAAAAAUCCAGGUAUAUUGGGCAUAAUGAGAUGGUGUGAGCCUCUUUGUCCUACACCAACUACACUUGGCACUAUAUCACUUUUCUUCCUUCACAUUUCCACUCACUCACUGCUAACAUGGUUAAGAUCACCUUUGCAUUAAUGUGGUGUAGACAUGUUAACAAUAUUAUCUGUGAUUGCUAUGAAGAUAAAGUUGCUUUGAGUUUUGAAAAUCUUUAGCAAUAUUGUAGCAUACAUGUAUUAGAAAAUAACACCAUCCACUUAUACAUCUCAGAUCAUUUCACCAUUUUGUAACUUUUCUCAUAUUAGAAUAAAAGAGAAAUUUAUGAUGAAUGAUAAGUCUCAUAGCGGUCACAUUCUUUACCAUUGCAGGCACUGCCCAUACAUCACCUCACUUAUCACUGAAUAAACAAAAUGCAUUUAUGUGGUUGAGAUCAUAAUAUAGUCUAUCUAUCAUAAAGAUCCAGAGCACAAUACUGAAGGUUCAUUUAGUACAGAUAUUAAAAUUUAAGGCAAUUACAUAGGAGAGAGAGGAAAAAACUUUCAUUAUCUUACAUAAUAUGCUGAACAUUUUUCUACAAAUUUCAAUAAAUAGUAAGUUGGUAGAUAUUUAGUGUAACCACCUUAAGCAGGUAUGCACACUUAUAUAUAUGACUUUAUAAUAAGUUUUGAGACCAUAUCACACUUUCCACGCACUGAAGUAUUUUGUACAGAAUUUUUCAGACAAGAUUUUCUGAAGAAAAAAAUUACAUUGUAUGUAAUUUUCAGCUUAUUAAAACUAGAUUUCCUCCUAAACUUUUCUUUGUGCAGAAUACAACUAAAAUUCAUACUUUAGCUUAUAAAUUAAAUUAAUCUUGUGAGAUAAAAAAAACUAUUGAGUCAGAAGAAUAGCAAGCAAUAUGUGACUAUUGUUUGAUGUAAGAGAUGAAAGCUACAUACUCAUAAUGAAAUUAGAGGCAAGAGGGAAAUUGAAUUGGAGAUAGGUAUGGAAAGGGCAUUGUGAUAUAAGAGUGGAUGAAGAAGAAUAUGUAGCAUUGUAUAGAAAGUUAUAUCACAAAGAAAGUCAAAUACAGCAGACUUGUAUGGAAAGCAUAUAUCAGCCACUCAACAAGUGACAGUCCUGCUGAGCUUUAUAUUGUAAUUUUGCUUGGCAUCAAAUACCUUUAUCCCAUUCUUUUCAUGACGCAUAUUUUCCUUUCCUGAAUCCAUUAAGUUGGCUGCUUUGAUUUUUACAAGGAAUUCUCACUCAUUGUCAGCAAUGAAAAUGUUAUUUGUCAUAUAUGUAAACUAUCUGCCACUUAUCUGCUAUCAAAUCUUAGUCUUCAUUCUUGAAGGCAAGAUUUUGUAAGGAACCAUAUUUAGGUAGUUUUCAAGAAUAACUAUAAUAAAACUUAUGAGCAAACUGUGCAGCACCUAGAUCAUGCACUUGCAAACUGUCUCAGUGAUCACACUUCCCAAAUUGUCUGAGUGCAAAAACAGUUUAAAUACCAUAGUCCCUUGAUUAUUUCAGAGUGCAGUGCAAGCACUAUUGUGGUUUGGAUGAGCAGUGACCUUAAAGUCAUCUUACUAUAGAGUAAUCAUCAAAGAUAUUGUACAUGAAUUUGUAGAAUUUGACUGUACUGAAAGCAAUUUAGAAUUACAAAUUAUGAGCUAGUGGAAUUCUCUUAUGCUUUUAGCUUCAGAAACAAAGAUUACAUAUUUUCUUGUUGUCAUUUGUGUUGGGUUCAGAGUUUCAGCACUGCAACAACUUAUGCAUCACCAUCACUGACAAUCAAAUGGUUACUUUUUUAUUGAUUUAUAAGGAAAGAUAAUUCCUUUUCACUGCCUCUUUACUGUCAUCAUCUUCACCCUUCUCAUUUCUCAGACAUAAUUUUCAUAUUUUUUGUGCCACAUGUUUUAAAACCUUGCAGAUGUUUAGUAAAAAAUGUGAAUAUUGUUCA